CUCUCUCUCUCUCUCUCUCUCUCUCUCUCUCUCUCAAAAUGCUGGGAAAGAAAAUGGGGUCUGUCAAGAAACUAGCCAAGAAAGUGAGGGUAAUGGGGGGUUCACGUGAUCAUGAGCCAACGUACCACGAGUGUUUGCUAAGGGAUGAUCACCAAUGGGAGGAAGGCUCGGGGACGUCGGCCGCCACCCCGACGGGGUUUUUGGCGGUGUACGUGGGGGAGGAGCGGCGGCGGUUCGUGGUGCCGACGGGGUACUUGACGCACCCUCUGUUCAAGAUGCUGUUAGAGAAGGCGUACGAUGAGUUUGGGUUUGAGCAGAGGAAUGGGCUGGUGGUGCCUUGCAGUGUCAACGCUUUUCAAGAGGUGGUGAGUGCUGUUGAAUGCUGUCAUGGGAGGUUUGACUUUGGGAAGCUGGUUGAAGAGUUCAUUUAGAGAGAGAAAACUUGAAGGAAGCUUGAUUGAGAGUUUUUCAUUUUGAUCAUCUUUCAGUGAGAGAAUUAUGGCUCCUUCAAAUGAAGUAGAGAUCAAUCGUAUUGUACAUAUUAGUUCAGUUCCAAAAGGUGGGGUAUAUUUCUUACCCUUUCCUUUCCAAAU